AGAGAGAGAGAGAGUAGAAAGGGAGAGAGAAACAGAAAAGGGCAAGGAUACCUGAGAGUGAAAAAGAGAAAACAAGGAGAUAGAACUUGACACGUGGGGGGUAAGCUUCUCGUGAGCUGAUUAUCAAAAUAAAAAUUCGAACCGGAUCACAUUGUUACUAUUUUUUAGAGAUAUGAAUAAAGUUUAGAAUCUGUAUCGUUUCGUUUGAUUAGUAAUUAUAUCUUAGCAUAUCUUUUAUGAUGCUUGAUUAAAAUUGUCUUCUAAGAAUUCUAAAAAACAAUAGCUUAUAGACAGACGUAGAACCAACAAAAGCAGACGAGCAGCAGAACGCGCGGCAGCCGAUUUCUCUCACGUGACCUCUCUUGUCUCAGUGGGCGAUGUUCAUAGAUCUCUAUCCCACUCAGAAUCAAGAGAUCCACCCAUUCACAUCUUCGCUUCCUGAUUAAAGCCAACCAGUCAAAAUCUCCCGCGUGUAGAGAGGGGGCGAAAAAGAAGACAAAUUUCUUUAGCACCUGAAUCUAAGCCUACUUGAAUGAUUUGCUGUUUUUGUGUGACGACAAGCUGUUGACAAGUAGAUUAACCAUCAGUAAAAGGCUGAUCUGCUACAAUGGAUGAACUGCGAGAACCAGGCUACUUGCUGUGGUCUAAUACGACGGACAUCGUAAUGCUUAAUAUCAUCGGCGUGGUCAUCUGUCUUUACUCGCUCUACAUAGAGGUGAACAAAGAAAGGAACCCUAACUACCGAGCACUGUGCGACUUCAAUGAACACAUGAGCUGCUCAAAGGUUCUCACUUCAGAGUAUAGCAUCGGUUUUGGUUUUAUGCAUUUACUGCUGGGCAAAAACCACGCCCUGAAUGCCAGGAACUGCAACAUUGGUCUUGUCGUCUAUGUCACCAAUUUGCUUAUGUGUUUAGUUUUACCGAUACCAUUGGCUACUACCGUCAUGUUCUACUGCAGCAUUGUCAGCGUCCUUGGCUGUGUCUACCUGGCUUUCAUUCUCUUCGUUAUCUUGAAGGACAUCUGUGUGGUGUGCAUCUCAAUGUAUGUGGUCAACGGAUACCUUUUAUAUUUGACCUACCAGGCUCACAAAUUCUAUCACUGAAACAUGACCAGGAAUGACGUGUUUCAAUGUGAGAUGUUAAGUCUGUGAUGCUCAAAUACCAUUCAGCAAUUAUCUGUGCGGGUCUGGUCUUUGUAUGAGAAGAGAUAUAGAGUUGAGAAUUUGAUUUUCAUUUGCACAUUUGUGUACUAUCAUCCGCAUGUGUAUGUGUCUAUUGAAAGAAUAAAUGCGAUGCAUAAAUUCUUACAAAAUAAAUAUUUUAAAAAUAUCUCUUUGUCACAUGACGUGAUUGAAAAGCUAGUAUCUAUGAAUGGUGUGGUGUUUUUUUUUUUUGUCCAUUUCUAAAUUAUUCACACCCAAUGAAUAUUUUGACAAAUGUAUUUUUUCCUUUUCAAAAAGGUUGUGGCUGAGAGAGUAACUCAUUUGAUUAUUGAACUAAGGUAUCAGUUCCAGUCCAUGUUUACUGAGUAGGGACGUUUCCUAUUUAGUUGCUUGCUCAAAGUAAAAAUUGAUACAAUGUAUUUGAUAGUCACAGAAUACAGUUACAGUUCUAUAAAUGAAUGAGAAUUGUAUUUCGACUAGCUCAGAAUAUACAUGACCUGCUGUAAUAUGUUGACAAUUUAUUAUGUACUGAGUUUGAGGUUUAAGAAAUCGACAAUAAAAUAUGUAAGCAGAAGUAUACUAAACUA